AUGCCUUGGGGAAAGAAGAGGAAGCUCUGUGCCCACAAGAAACGUCGCCAGGCCCAAGCCCCCAAUGAGAGGUCACGUAGAGACCCUCUAACCAGGAGGGUGACCAUGUUGUCACAAUUCCUGCUGUCCAAGUAUGAAAAGCAGGAGCGCAUUAUGAAGGGAAAAAUGAUGAAGAUCAUUAACAAAAGGUACAAGGAGCAGUUCCCCGAGAUCCUGAGGGGAUCUUCUGAGCACAUAGAGAUGGUCUUUGGCCUUGACGUGAAGGAAGUCGAUUCCAAAGGUCAAUCCUAUUCCCUUGUCAGCAAAUUGGAGAUCACCGAGGAAGAGAAUCUGAAUGGUGGCAGGGGGUUUCCCAAGAAGGGGCUCCUGAUGCCUCUCCUGGCCAUGAUCUCCAUGAAUGGCAACCGUGCCACCGAGGAGGAGAUGUGGGAAUUCCUGAAUAUGGUGGGGAUGUACGAUGGCAAGACGCACUUCAUCUUUGGGGAGCCCCGGAAGCUCAUCACCAAAGAUUUGGUGCAGGCAAAGUACCUGGAGUACCGGCAGGUGCCAAACAGUGAUCCACCAUGCUACCAAUUCCUGUGGGGUCCCAGAGCCCAAGCCAAAGCCAGCAAGACAAAAGUCCUAGAGUUUUUGGCCAAGGGCAACAACACAUGUUCCAGUGCCUUCCAACCCCUGUAUGAAGAAACUUGUAGAGAUGAGGAAAAGAGAGCCACAGGCAGAGAAUGUGCCAGGGCUGGUCCUAAUGCCAGUGCCAGGGCUAGUGUCAGGGUGAGUCCAGCCGGUCAUCCCAUCCCUAGUGACAUCUGAAGCAGAUUCUUCACUUUGUUGUUGAGAAUGGCUGUUAACCUUUUAAGUAGUGGAGGCAACACGGAGCUGGAGGGAG